AUGCCUACGCGCGCGCUGGCCCUUGCAGCCGCGGCCUCUGUGCCCGCUGCGGGUGCGGAGCUCGCCAGGUUUCCGCUGCAGCGCCGCGAGUUCGACUUCCAGGAGAGGAUCGAGUCCAUCCACCUGAGCGCAUCGCGCAUGGAGGCGAAGUAUGGAGCUGUUCAAGGGACCACCAGCGACGUCGUGAUCCAGGACUACCAGAAUGCCGAGUACUAUGGCGACAUCACCGUGGGCACCCCGGGCCAGACCGAGUCGGUCAUCUUCGACACAGGCUCCUCGAAUCUUUGGGUGCCCCAGACCAAGCCGUGGUUCUCAAGCCACAAGGUCUAUAGCCAUGACAAGUCCAGCACUUACAAGAAGAACGGCACCGUCUUCAAGAUCCAGUACGGGUCUGGCCCUGUCAGCGGCUACUAUUCUUCCGACACCGUCAGCAUCGGAAACCUGCAGCUCAAGGACUACACAUUCGCCGAGGUCACUGACACUUCGGGCCUGGGACUGGCGUACCGCCUUGGUAAAUUUGACGGCAUAUUGGGCCUCGGGUGGGACUCCAUCUCCGUCGGGGGCGUGCCGACUCCCAUGCGUGCAUUGGUCGAGUCUGGCCAGCUGGCCGAGCCGGUGUUCGCAUUCUACCUCGGCAACAACCAGCCCGGAGAGUUGGUCUUCGGCGGCGUGGACCCGAGGCAUUACACGGGGGACUUUACCUUCGUUCCUUUGAGCUCCGAGACCUACUGGGAGGUCGACCUGAACGGCGUGAAGUUGGGCAGCUCUUCCGUCGCAGGACAGGGCAAGGCCAUCGUCGACUCGGGUACCUCCCUUCUCGCGGGCCCCACCGACGCCAUCAAAGCGAUCGCGGACAAACUCGGCGCGAAAAGUGUCAUGGGCAAGGCGUACUCGGUCGACUGCAACGCCGAUAUCCCGGACCUGUCCUUCACCCUGGACGGCAAGGAUUUCGCCCUGAAGAAGGCGGACCUCAUCCUGCAGGCCCAGGGCUCGACGUGUAUCCUUGGCUUGAUGAGCGUUGACGUGCCCCCGCCGCGCGGCCCACUGUGGAUCAUGGGUGACGUGUUCAUGCGCAAGUACUACGUGCAGUUCGACUGGGGCAACAAGCGCCUCGGCUUCGCGGAGGCGGCCCAGGCAGUGACCGAGCUCGUGGUCUGA